GAAACUUAGAAGAGUAGGACGACGUAUGAUUGCACUAUUUUCUCCAGACAGAACGCCACCGACGUUGAAAGAGGGAACAUGUUCCGACAAAACUGUAUACGCGAACGCUCAGUCUACUUGGUUGUUUGUGCAUUGGAACGAUCCAGAAGGGGAAGACCCAAGCGACCCGGUCACAGUGCAGAGAGAAAGUGGCCCAGCCAGUGGCAGCAACCUCAGUGAAUCUGGGUCACCAUAUACCAUCAGAUACUCGGCAAAGGAUGGCAAAGGCAACCAAAACAACUACCUUUGCACAUUCAUAGUCGCUGUGAAGGUAAACAGAUGCGGAGUCCACCCACCAGUCACCUGGGGCACUGUUUCCUAUUCCCAUGGUGACAUAUUCGGCUCGGAAUGUUCCAUCAGCUGCAUGACCGGCUACUCUAUCAGUGGGUCAUCCCAACGCACUUGCCAAAACAAUACAAUAUGGUCUGGUACUGCACCAUACUGUACACCAAUUCAGUGUCCAUCUCUACCUGGGACUUCCUGCACAAACGACAACAACUACAACAGCAUCUGCACCCACUCAUGCCAUCUUCCUGGCUACAGCUUUGCCCCAGGACAGAGUGGCACCAGAGUCUGCCGAGCUGAUGGCUCAUGGACUGGUUCAACCCCAACAUGUGUUGAUGUUCAAGAUCCAACACUGACCUGCCCAGGCACCAUCAGCACUUAUGCUGCUGCGUCUCAGACCUCCGCAACUGUCAACUGGAGUCCGCCCCAAGUGUGUGACAACUCUGGAGAUGCCAUCACACCAAAUCAGACAGCAGGUCUGCCGCCUGGCUCGGUGUUCAGUAGAGGGUCUCACGCCAUCAGUUACCGGGCCCAAGAUGAAGCAGGAAACAGUGCAACAUGCUCAUUCUCUGUCAUUGUCCAAGUGAUCCAGUGUACAGAUCUCUCCUACCUCACUGGCCAGAGGAGGACGUGUUCAUCACAGUUCAACUAUGGCUCUGUCUGCCAGUUUGAAUGUCGGUCAGGCUUUGUGUUGACCGGUGGUCAGGCGAGUAUUGAAUGUCAGAGACAAGGAGAUACAGGAGUGUGGAGUGCACAGCAGCCAACCUGCCAAGCUGUCACCUGCCCUGCGUUGCCUGCACCAGUCAACGGUGGAUUUUUCAACAAUACCACCUGCUCGACAGCCUAUGGCUCUUGGUGUCGGUUCACUUGCGAUGACGGGUACCAGCUGACUGGCAGUGGAGUGCGUCGCUGUCUGGCACAGCCUGGAGCAGCUCAGGGAUACUGGGAUGGCUAUGAGGCUCUUUGCGAAGUGCAAACCUGUCCGCGAGCCUACAUCCCUGCCAAUGCUUACAUCAGCAACUCACAGGAUUGCCCAGCUACUGAUCAGAUCCCAGCAGGGACUACAUGCCGCUAUGCCUGCCAACCAGGCCAUGUAUUGACUGGGUCUACCGAGGUGACGUGUGGCAACGAUGGAAACUGGAACUCAACCUUCCCAGACUGUCAAGUUAUCACCUGUGACAGCAGUGAACUGCCCUCACCACAGAACGGCUUCAAGAAUGGCUGCCCCCACGCAGAGGAAAUCUACAGCACGACGUGCACGCUGGGUUGCAAUCUGGGCUACAUGCCCACCCAGCCUACUUACGUCAUGUGUACUGACGACGGGAAUGGCACGCCAAUGUGGGAUGCUAACACUAUCACAUGCGAAGUGGUCCAAUGUGAUCCACUGGAGAUGCCUGGUACACCAGGCUACCUGCCUUUGUCCUGCACACUCAAUGGGGUGGCGGUAAAUGACACAGACCAGAUGCAGAGUUAUGGCACCGUCUGUGUGGUGUCAUGUGACCUGGGAUUCACCAGUAGCGGCUCAGCGAGUCGUACAUGUCAGCUGAACGGCCAAUGGGAUGGUGUCCCUCUACAAUGCACAGAUAUAACUCCACCCACUUUGAUGUGCCCACCUGACAUCACGCUGUUUGCAGGACAAGGGACCAGUUUUGCCGUCGUGGGUUAUGAUUGGGAACCAAUUACAGCCAUGGACGCCAGUGGUAACAUCAUCGCGACACUGGUUAGCAUCAACGGCCAGCCACUACCAGCAAAUAGGAGCUCUGUAUUCUAUGAAGGGACAUAUCAUUUCAACUACUUUGCAGAGGAUGCCAGUUUCAAUUCAGCUACAUGUGAUCUCCGAGUGAAUGUCUUAGUCGCCAGGUGCCCGCCGUUGUACGGUCCCCAGAACAGUGAGACCAGUCUGGUGUCGGGCCAAGGGGAAUGUGAUAAUGCUGCUGUGUUUGGUUCAGUGUGCAACAUCAGCUGUGAGGAAGGCUACACACUGUCAGAUGGCAGCCAACAAGUUACAGCUGAGUGCGUCAAGAACAUAGCGUCCUCCACAGUGGGUUAUUGGCAGAGCCCAUCGGUACAGUGUGUCCCCAACACAUGCCAAGUACCAGCCAUCCCUAAUGGCUACAUAUCAGGCUGCAGUGGCCAGGAGGUGGAUUACCAGUCAUCCUGCGCCUUUGUGUGUAAUCCUGGUUACCGUAGCAACCAUACAUCCCAGAGUGAAACCAUGAGGACUUGUCUGGCCGAUGGGACGUGGACCGGAGUGCAACCAGUUUGUGAAGCUGUUGUAUGUAAUGGCUUACGGAAUCUGACUCACGGCACAGUGCAACCAAGUGACUGCUCUUCCCAGGCUGAACUUCCUUACAACACUCUGUGUACAUUCACAUGUGAUGAUGGAUUCUCUCUCAGUGGUCCAUUCAGUAAGGUGUGUACUGACCGAGGAGUGUGGAGCGAUGCACGCCCAGUCUCUUGCUCAGACUAUCAGCCACCGGUCUUCACGGACAACUGCCCGGUGUAUGUCAAUCAAAUUGCACCGGCCAACAUGAGACAAGCUAUUGUCACUUUCCAAACGCCACAGGCCACGGAUAACUCUGGCGAUGUCUCUGUGAGCAGUCAAGACCCAAGUCUUGGUUCAGGUUCGUCAUUCCCUGAGGGUACAACCCGUCUCAUAUACACUGCUACAGAUGCUGCCAUGAACAGCAGACGCUGUGAUGUGUACGUCACUGUACAAGUUCUGCGCUGUCGCCCUCUACAAGCCCCCGCCAGUGGUUCCUUGGUCCAGUGCCCCAGUAACAUCUACGGAGCCAAUUGCAGCUUUGCCUGCAAUGCAGGCUAUGACCUGGAUGGUCCUAGUAAUAGGACCUGUGAGAGAGUUAUCGACAGUGAUCAGAUGAAUGGCGUCAACCAGCUGAGUGGCAAGGACUUGCGAGUGGAGUGGUCUGGGACAAGCCCAAGAUGUUUGCCUGCCACUUGCCCGGCCCUGGCUGACCGGCUCCCUGCUAUACGCUCAGGUUGCUUUCAGUACCCACCAGCAACUGAAUUGCUGGGCACCACUUGCAGCUGGUACUGUCCUUAUGGCUACGGUGGAGUUGGUUCCCAGCAGUCUAUGUGUCUAGCAAAUAGCACGUGGGAUGUAGUUGACUUUUCCUGUGAAGAGCGUAAUUGUUCAGCUCUAGUGCCCUCUGCUGGUAUGGAGAUAUCUCCAGCUAUUUGCCUGACUUCCCCAACCUUCAAUGACGACUGUUUCCUGCGAUGCUCACAGUCAGGCUACAGGGUGGAUCCUCCGGCCUAUGACUUCAUCCGUUGCCUGGGUAGCGGGGAUUGGUCACGUGACAGCACUGCAUUCACUUGCGUUGAUUACGAGGUUCCCCAUUUUACUUCAUGCCCGUUGGAUUUCAUCGCAUACACUCUGCAAGGUGCGUCUGAUGCCACUGUGACGUGGACCGUGACAGCAACAGACAACUCAGGAGAAACACCCUCCAUAGCCUGCAACGUCCAACAACCAGCAACGCUGCCAGUAGGGGAACACUCACUCAGGUGUACGGCUACCGACGGGGCAGGGAACCAGGCAAACUGUGACUUUGAAGUCCAAGUUACAGUUCGCCAGUGCAGACAGCUUAACCCGCCAUUUUAUGGCGACUUUGUCGCAGCGUGUGACAACAGCCACGGAUCUACUUGCCAAGUCCGCUGCCAGAAUGGCUACACGCUACAGGGCUCUGACACUGCUUCCUGCUCCAGGAAUGCCAGCACUGGGCUGAUGUACUGGGCCUGGAAUGGUCCACGACCAUCCUGCCAAAUUGCCCGCUGUCCACCCUUACCUGAUCAGCUGAUUCCCCUGGGUGGGGGUGUCUAUCCAUCCUUCUGUCGUGGUCCCAUCCAUCCAUACAACGGCACCGUCUGUCAAUUCUACUGCCGCUAUGGAUUUGACUUGGUAGGCCCAGCAGACCAUCAGAGACUGACCUGUCUGUCAAAUGGAACGUGGGACCAGAACCUGUACACACUCAACGUGCAGUGUUUGGACAAUGUGCCACCAACCCUACGUGUCUGCCCAGGCUCUCUAUCAGGCUCCAUGUCAGGCCAAAUGCUGGGCGUUGUGCUAUCCUUCGAUAUCCCCAUGGCUGCUGACAAUUCAGGUGCCCAACUGACCGUGAUUAAGACCCCAACGGACAUCACCUCACCGUACAAUUUCACUCGGGACACCGACGUGUCGUACAUCUUCACUGAUGCUGGAGGGAACAGCGUGGCUUGCAAUUUCAGUGUUAACAUUCAAGACAACCUGUCGCCUGUCCUUGAGUCUUGUCCAGGAAGUUGGAAUAGAACAACCACUGAAGCUGACACUACGAUCUCUUGGCCCGAGCCGGUGUUCCAUGAGUUGACCGGCGAUGCAUUGCACAUCAGUUGCAGUCAACUGAGUGGCUCGUCCUUUGGAUGGGGCACUCACAUCAUCCGAUGCACCGCAACAAAUCUGGACAACGGCAAGACCACUGUGUGCCAAUUCACUUUCACCAUCACACCCGUGCCAUGUCCAGAUCUGACUGCACCAAGGCAUGGCGCCAAGGCAUGUGACAAUUGGGCCUAUGGCCGCCAAUGUGCUAUGUUCUGUAAAGAAGGUUAUGAUGUGCGUAGAGGAGGUAGCAACAAGAUUCUUUCGUGUGGCUCUUCAGGAGUUUGGCUCGGUUCUUUCCAAAACUGUAGACGAAAGAGUUCUCCUGGUGCGAUGAAGUUGCCUUCCGAGCUACACUACUUCAGUGGCGACUGUUCUUCCCCUGACACACAAGCCCAGAUCAAAGAGCAGUUUAUCCAAAUUCUCAAUGGGUCUAACUAUGCUAUCAUAUGCACCAAAUAUGCUUCUGAGUGCAACGUGGACAAUGUUGAAGUGACUUGCGGCGCCUCCACACGCAAGCGCCGUGACGUCGGCAUCUGGCAAGAACCGUUGCUGGACUUUGGAUUUGAGUUCGACCAUCUGAAUGCCAGCUCUCCAGAGCUUGGUGCAGACGAGCUCACUGAGCAUGCUCAGAAGUGGCUGGCCGACAUGCGCGCAAAAGGGAAGCUGCCACCGCAACGCCGAGGUGACCGACGGCGCCGGUUGCCUACCCCGAGACGAAAACCAAACACAGACCAUGAACGCAGUCGACGGUCUACAAUGUUGCACACCUUCACCGUAUCAUUCAGCAUGAAUUACUUGCUGCCCUCAGACCCAACCAUGUCGGAUGAUGAAUUUGAAGACGAGAGUUGGAACGGCUAUGAUGCACUGUAUGAGAUAGUGGACAGCGUACAAGACAUGGCUGACAGUGGUAACUUGAGCAUUUCAGUGCCUGCCAUUCAGAUUGGUUCCCAACCUCAGCUUGAUUACAAUGAACCUGGUCCAGCCUGUCCACAUGGGUACCUGCCUACUCUUAGCAUGACCUGUGUGAGUUGUGCAGUGGGUGAAUUCUUUGACAAUGCCACCCUGGACUGUGUGGAUUGUCCUAUCGGUCAGUAUCAAGAUGAAGAUGAGGAGCCACAUUACACCUGCAAGAUGUGUCCCACAGGAACCUCCACCAUCCUAGCUGGCUCCACCAAUCUUACUGACUGCCUACGCUUCUGUCCCAGCGGUCAGUAUUCCAACACCGGACUUGAGCCGUGCUUCCAAUGUGAGAAAGGAUCCUACCAGUCUGAGGCUGGGUCAGUCUCCUGUCAGCAAUGUCCAGUUGGUCAGUCUACGGCCAGGAUUGGAUCCACAAGCUUACAGGACUGUGCAGUCAUGUGUCCUGCUGGAUCAUUCUCCACUUUUGGGAUCCAGCCGUGCGUCCUGUGCCAGCUUCAUAGUUACCAGCCCCAGCAAGGUCAAAGUUCAUGUCUCUCGUGCCCCGCCGGGCAUAUAACCCAGGUCAAAGGAGCCGCAAAUCUGAGCAUGUGUAGCAUACAAACCUUCUGCACUGCUACGUCAUGUCUGAACGCUGGAACCUGCGUGGAGCAACUGGAGUCCUUCCGCUGUGAAUGCCCAGCGGGUCUGACUGGCACACACUGUGAGACUGAUGUGAUUGACUGCCAGCAAGAUUCUUGCUUCAAUGGAGCUACCUGUGUGGAUGAACUCAAUGGGUUCAGCUGCACCUGUGCUGCUGGAUAUCAAGGUGAUGAUUGCUCUCUCCUGAUAGAUUUCUGCAUGAAUGAUCCUUGUGAGAAUGAUGGUACAUGUAGCAGUCAGACCAGUGGAUUCACCUGCGCAUGUGAUGUUGGUUUCACUGGUGUCAGGUGUGAGAAAGACAUUGAUGAAUGUCUGAUGCACCCCUGCCAACAUAAUGGAACAUGUGUUAAUGUAGACGGAGACUAUCAAUGCCUGUGUGUUGCCGGCUUCAUAGGAGAUAACUGUGAGACUAAUGUAGAUGAGUGUAAAUCCAACCCAUGCCAACGUAAUGGUACAUGUGUGGAUGCUGAUAACGGAUAUCACUGUCAGUGCAUCACAGGUUACUCCGGUAAUCAUUGUGAGAUUGACAUAGACAUGUGUGCCAACAACCCUUGUAGCAACGGUGCAACCUGCCAAGAUUUAGAUGAUCGAUAUCAGUGUGCAUGUCCCCACGGCUAUGGUGGCAGACACUGUGAACUGGUCUUGACUCCAUGUGAUUAUCAUCCAUGUGAAAAUGACGGUAACUGCACUGAGACAUUGACAGAGGAGACUGGAUACAAGUGUGAAUGCUUGUCAGGAUUUACCGGACCAGAGUGUAAGAUCAAUGUGAAUGAGUGUGCUAGUGGACCGUGCUCUAACGGUGGUACCUGCAUCGAUGGUGUCAACAGAUAUGACUGUAUCUGUACUGAUGGCUUUGAAGGACCGCGCUGUGAGGGGCGCACAGACCUCUGCAACCCCAACCCUUGUCAACACAACGCAUCAUGUGAGGAUGAAGGAGAGGAUUAUUACUGCACCUGCCCUGCCGGUCUGUCAGGCAGAGAUUGUGAGAUCCAGGUGGAUGCCUGCCAUGACGGAGAGACGUGCUUGAAUGGUGGAGCCUGUGCACCGCCCUCUAUGGUCCAACUCUGUCUAUGUCCUGCUGGAUUUGCAGGAGAGCAUUGUGAGAUUAACAUCAAUGACUGUGCCAACUCUCCAUGUGCAAACGAGGCUCCAUGUGUAGAUGGUAACCAGACUUUCACUUGUCACUGCUUGGAAGGUUUCACUGGUACUCUGUGCGAGAUCGAUAUCAAUGAAUGCGCAUCCAAUCCCUGCCAUAAAGGAGGGGCAUGCGUUGAUCAGAUCAGUGGGUACUGGUGUGACUGUACCGAUGGUUUCAAUGGAAUGGACUGUGAAAACAACAAGAAUGAUUGCGUGGCCGGAGCUUGUGGCAACGGUCGAUGUGUGGAUGGCAUCAACUCAUUCAAAUGUGUGUGUAACGUCGGUUUCACUGGCCGUAGGUGUGAUAUUGAUAUCAAUGAAUGCCAAUCUCAUCCAUGCGCUAACGGCGGCACGUGUCGUGACAUGGUGAAUGGUUUCAUCUGUGAUUGCGUAGAUGGAUGGAUCGGUGAGCAGUGUGAGAUUAAUGAAGACGAUUGCGCCAAUACCCCAUGCCUGAACUCUGGUCAUUGCAUUGACGGCCUACAGUCCUACACCUGUCAAUGCUUACCAGGCUUCACGGGUCAGAACUGUGAGACCAACAUCAAUGAAUGUCUGAGUAAUCCUUGUCACAACCAAGCAACCUGCAUCGAUGGAAUCAACAUGUUCACCUGCGAUUGCAAGAAGGGAAAGAAAGGUACACUGUGCCAAAUUGACUUGGGUAACUGCCAGCCAAAUCCUUGCAAGCACGGUGGGUCUUGCACCCCAACUACUACUGGGUUUGCGUGUCAGUGUCAGGCUGGGUUUGAAGGAGUAGAGUGCCAGACUAAUAUUGAUGACUGCGCCAACCAUCAGUGUCUGAAUGGAGCAAGCUGUAUUGAUCAGGCCAACCGUUAUUCCUGUCGCUGUACUCCAGGCUACACAGGACAGUUUUGUCAGACAGUUUUAGACAUCUGCUCAGCUGAGCCGUGUCUGAACAACGCAGUCUGUCUGCCGAGUGCAGACAGCACAAGCCACUGCAAAUGCCAAGCAGGUUUUACAGGGAUGCGUUGCGAGGUGGCCAUUGAUAACUGCACACCCAACCCUUGCCUGCAUGAUGGUACAUGCAUCAAUGGGUUCAACUCCUACUCCUGUGACUGUCCACCAGGCUAUAGCGGCACAGAAUGUGAUCAAGAUAUGGAUGAAUGCGUGAGUAAUCUUUGUCAGAAUGGAGCUGCGUGCAUCGACGGCAUCAACCAGUACUACUGUAGAUGCAAAGCAGGAUUUGUGGGCGAUUACUGCAGCCUUAACAUACUGUCUAGUUUUGACAUGGUGUUCAAAGGUGGUCAACCCCGCCAGUAUACCACUCUACGUCAAGUCGGUUACGAAGCGCUGAGAGCGUUCACCAUCAUGAUGUGGAUUCAAUCAGUCACAUCUGAUGGGGAUAUACUGACCUAUACAACCCAGAACACUGGACAGACACUGCAGAAUGCACAGAUUGCCUUGAGUCAUCCUGGGGCAUUGGUUGUCUAUAUUCAAGGAUAUAAGUUUUCUUCCUCUCUCUCUGUGAACGACAAUCAUUGGCAUCAUCUGGCAGUGUCUUGGGACGAGCACGGAGGCAUUCUCAAGAUGUUUCUAGAUGGGCAUCUGGUGCUGAACCAGUAUCACAUCAGAUCCGGUGCCCGUAUCAACAGUGGAGGGACAUUCAAUCUAGGACAACUUCAAAAUGGCGACGGUACCCAGGCGGAAAGUUUCACUGGUGUCCUGAGUAACGUCAACAUGUGGGAUAUAGCACUGCCGGUGUCCGCCAUUCUGCCACACGCUCAGACCUGUGACUCUCUUGCCCUCGGCAGCCUCGUUGCAAGCCCUUACUUCAUCGACUGGGGCGUCCUGGGAGAAAUUCAAAUUCAGACACCAUCACAGUGCGACAUGGUAGACGAGUGUGCCUCCAACCCCUGUGCAGCAGGCAGUACCUGCAUUGAUGAAAUCAAUCGUUAUAUCUGCCGAUGCCCACCGGGCUUCACUGGCCAACACUGCCAGACAAACAUUGAUGAUUGUGGAACGGGCCCAAGCCCUUGUGACAACGGGGGAACCUGUGUGGAUGGAGUAGGCAAUUUCAGCUGCCAGUGCCUGCCUGGGUUUUCUGGAGAAGCUUGUGAGCUGAGAAUGGUUGAUGGAGGCUGGAGUGAGUGGAGUGAAUGGGAGGAGUGUAGCCAGUCCUGUGAAGGUGGCACUCAGUCCCGUCACCGUUCCUGCACCAACCCACGCCCAGCCUACGGUGGCAGCGCCUGUGUAGGUCCAAUCAGUGAGACCCAGCAGUGCAAUACGGCACCUUGCCCAACCUGCGGGCAUGUGAACAAUCCCUUCCGAGGAAACCUGAACUGUGAAAUUGAUGGUGAGGAGCAGAAUUGCACCAUCUCCUGCUGGCAAGGCUAUGCAUUCAGUCGGGCCAUUCUACCCUCCUACCAGUGUGGUCCCUCUACCGACUACAAGUGGUCACAUGAGACUGACGACAACCCAGGAUUGGCUUUUCCUAAGUGUACAAAGUACAAGCCACCGUAUAAGUUUGCAAUGGAGAUGAACUUGGCAUACAGCAAUAACCUGACCUGUGAUGGGGUCAACGUCACAAAAGAUAGCCUGGCGUAUCAGCAAAUCAGUGAUGCUGUUAGAAUGAACCUACAGACCCUCAGCUGUGUGCAGGAUAACACAUGUGCUGUUAAACAGCAGAUCAGUGGCUGCAGUCCACACGUUCCCGGGGAUCAUGCCCGCAGACGCCGACGUCGAUCCCUCAAAGCGGUCCAUAUCACCAUCAGGCUGGAGCGUGAUGUUGACAUCCCUGAUCAACAGAACCUGACCAGUGAAGAAGUCCUCAACCAACACAACUCCGUAGAGGCAACCGAUGACUUACGUAACUCUGCUGGUCACCUGAUCAAUGAGUCUAGAUUGGGCCAGUUUGCCAUCGACGUAGACAGUCAGGUUUACGACGUGGACUUGGGAAAAACAAAGAGUUACGGCAUGCCUGUCUGUCCUCCUGGUACAGUGCGUAUGGAGGCAGAGGACGUACGAUGCGUUCCCUGCGAGCCAGGCUGGUAUAACUACCUGGAGGAUUGCUACCCGUGUCCACGUGGCAUGUACCAGUCACUAGAGGGCAGCACAUACUGCCAUGCCUGUCCACGUGGCCGCACCACCACCGGCCCCUCCGCUACUGAGGAAGGAGAUUGCCAAGUCAUCGUCCUGUAGUCUCUUCAAAAGUUCUAAAAAUCAGCUAGCCUUCAAAACUAGUCUGAAAAAUCAAUAUUGGGUUUUGCAAUUUCUGAUCUCAUAAAAAUAUUGAUGGUCUGUAAAUGAUUCAACAGAAACGUCUCUUAUGUACUUUCCUUGUACCAAUCCAUUUAAUUACAAACAUAGAAGAUGUUGGAUUGUAUAGGGAGGCAGUGCAAAUUUAAGCAGAGUUUUGAGAACAAAAUUCAAAUCAAAUUGCCUCCGAAUUUGUUUAAAUUGUUGCAUAUUAUUGAGAAGAGAACACCCCCUGAACUUUUGGAGCUUGUGAUAAUAUUAAAUUGAGACUCUUUUCAUCCAAUUGUCAUUAUAGUGUCUUAACCACCAUUUUGAUGAUUUUUAUCUCUUUUAGUUUUUGUGUAGCUAAAUGUUACAAUAUAAUGCAAACUCCCAAAUUUUACUCAGAAUUUAUUCAAUCUUUCAAAGCCUUUACAGGUAGAGUUUUAAUGUGUUAAUAAGCGUUAAUAAGCAUGGCAUGACUUUUGUUUAAUAAUGUUUUCAGCUAAUAUUUUAUGCAUAAUCGAGAUCCCGUUAUUUGCUGUGCGAAAAUCAGGAGUCAUGUAUUUAAUAUUCAGUACACAUGUUUUUUUAUGAAAAGGGUUUGGCAGUGCUGUACAUGUAGCAUUUGAGACUAGAUUACCUGAUUACGUUCCAUUCAUUUUUUCUGUAUUUUCUUUUUUUUAGUUUUCAGUUUACCAUAUUAUUUGUUUUUAAUGCUUAAUAUUAUGCAUUGAUCCUUCACAUUUAAAAGCAGCUUCCUACAACAAUUCUUUUUUUGGCAACGAGUCAAAUUGUUUGUUCUGACCAAUUUUAUAUUUAACCUCACAGAAUUCAAGUUAAAUGUGUUGAAUCAAACAAAAGGACUCAAAACCUAAUAAUGGAUCUUUCACCCCAGUAUUCUUAUUAAGAAGACAUCACAGUGCGCUUAGAAUACAGGUACUUAUGCUAGCAUGUAUCACAUAACACACAACAUCGCUAGGCAACUGAAUGGCACCUCAUGCAUAAAUACAGAUAUAGUUUGGGGUUCUGCUUUGUAAACUUGAAAAUGUAUCAAUCUUCUUUGUUUUGCUGCAUCUGUAUCCUCACCCAUGUUUGCCAGAUUGUUUUGAUUGUUGUCUUUUUAAUUAAGAAACGUUUUAUUUCUAUUCUUGUUAGAUUGAAUCACUUCAUUAAUUAGGUGCGCAGUAUUUAUCGCAUGUUACUCAAAGCGUUUUUGGAAAAACCAGUGAUCUCACGAUCUUUCUACCGAAGUUAUCAGAAGAUUUAAGAGUACUGAAUGGAAGAAGUCUUCAUUUCUGGUUGUAAAUCGGUAUCAUCGGCCAAAUCAGUCAAGAUGUUUUUAUAAUCGAGCGUGUAAAGCUUGCCUGCAUAAAUCUGUCCAAUCAUAUGACAUAAAAUCAAACGUUUUUGAUUGAUGGAAAUAUGUUGUUUGUACUCGGAUGUUUUAACAGUAACUUUGAAGCUUUGCCUUUAUUAAUGAUGUGUACCACCAGUCAGUGUUUUUUUCUAUUAAAAUGUAUUUUGCAUGCACUUCUA